UUCAAACACAAACUAUGGCUAAUUGUUCAGUUAACAACAGAAAUGACAUUUAUCUCUUUGUGGACCAAGGAACAUCUAUUGGUUGCCCAGGGAAAAACUGUUACUCUAAUUUUCCACAAUCAUCAGUAAAAUGGUACAAGAAUGGAAUACAAGUAGAACUUAAAGAGAAAAGACCUGGCCUACAAUUCUAUCAUGAUAAACUAGUGCUGCGUUCUGUGUAUGAUAAAGAUAACGGUACUUAUGCAUGUGAUUACACGUUGAUUGACCACGGUCAACCAAUUGAUCUUGAAUGCAAAGCACAAUUUGGUUUUGAAAUGAAUGUUUCAUCCUCACUAGAGUGGUACCAAGAAACCAAUAAAAGCAAGCAACUGAUACGGCAAGAGAGAGUUCAUCCACAGGGACUGGAUGGAGAAACCUUUACUCUUACCUUCAGACUGAUGAAAGUAACUGAAGAAGAUCUAAACAGCCAAUUCAUCUGCUUGGCCCAAAAUUCUAUUGGGAAUGCUACUGGAGUGAUCAAACUUAAGAGGCAAACAGGAAAAACAAUUCUUUUCUUGCUUACUUUGUGUGGCACUAUUAUAAUACUAUUUGGAGUGGUUUCAGGAGGCCUACUGGUUUAUAGGCACUGGAUUGAACUUGUAUUAUUCUAUCGGAAUUACCUAGCCAAGGAUGAAACUCUGAGUGUUUUGCCAGCCUACACUGAUGACAUUGUUGGUGCCAUGAAAAAGAGCAGACGGGUCAUCGUCAUUUUGAGUCCAAACUUUGCUAAGAAUAGCCAGGCUCUCUUUGAACUUGAAGCAGCAAUCAACACUGCCUUGGAAGAUAAGACAAUGAAACCCAUCCUAAUACAGGUUGAUACUUUUCAGGAGCCACCUUCAUUAUCUCCUAAGGUGAAGAAAGCCCUCAGGAUUUUGCCUAGAGUGACUUGGAGAACAUCUACCUCUCCUUCAGCUAAUAAGCAGUUCUGGAAAAAAUUACGGUAUCACUUGCCUGUGAAACACAGCAACAGUGCCAUUGACAAGUGGCCUUCAUUUCCCAUCAGCAACCGUUGGUGUUGGUAAAGGAAAAUGAGAAACAAAGGAUGAGCAAGUAGGGUAUAAUGCGGUAGAUGUCAUCGCUCAGUAGUUCAAAACUCUCCACCAGUAUAAAUGGUUAUUGGAUGGUAGAGUUGGGAAUUUGAGAAAGAUUCAUUUGCAUUUUAUUUAUAAUAUGACUGCUUUCAAUUGAAACUCUG